CAAAUGUAAAUUUCAUUGUUUUGUUCCAUAUCAAAAUAUAAGUCUUUUGGGCGGUUUGUCCUUUUCUGAGAUAUACACGAUCAAAAAAGUAGUGGAUUCUUUUCCGCAUGGGCUCCUCCCCGAAUAAUUUAGUAACAGGACUUCUAGUUAAACGUCUACAUAAAACUGUACACUUAGUUUUAUAUUUGAGGAGCACUGGUUUUCUGCAUAUAAUAGAAACGGCUGUGUUUAGACUGUUUUAUUUGGAUCCAUUACCUGAAACAUCAAAACUCUUCUUUGUGAAACAUAGUUUAAAUGAGGAAUGAGGGUAAUCACCCAGCAUUAGGACCGUGGGGAGGUAAAAGUGGGUAUCAAUGGGAUGAUGGAGUCUAUUCCGGCAUAAGGCAAGUAGUGAUCUCCAUGAGUUCAGACGGAAUCCAUUUCAUUCAGUUCGAGUAUGAUAAGAUGGGUCAUGCGGUUUGGUCUAACAGACAUGGUGGUAACUCUGGUUCCAGGACUGAUCAGAUCAAGCUUGACUACCCUACUCAAUUCCUGGUUUCAAUUAGUGGAUACUGUGACUCAAUUGCUGACAAUGGCCCGGUGAUUAUUCGAUCACUUUGCUUAGAAACUAACAGAAAAAUUUAUGGACCCUUUGGUGUUGAAAAAGGAGUUCCGUUCUCAAUGUCGUCUGUAAAUGCUGAGAUGUUAGUGGGUUUCCAUGGAUGGAGCAAUAAGUAUCUUAAUGCAAUUGGAGUUUAUGUAAAGCCAACGCCUCUCUUGCAAACAAAACUCUUGGAGACACAAAAGAUAAUCCCAACUACCCAGGUUGCCAACAAGAAAAUCCUGUCACUUGGGCCAUGGGGAGGGGACGGUGGAACGACCUUUGAUGAUGGAAUUUAUACAGGGGUACGAGAAGUGUAUAUAACACGAACAGGAGGGUUGGUUUCUAUUCGAGUUUGUUAUGACUUAAAUGGGAAGCCAGUUUGGGGGAAUAAGAAUGGUGGAACGGGAGGACUCAAGCUUGAUAAGAUUGUUUUCGACUAUCCCUAUGAAGUGCUAACUCAUAUAGAGGGAUACUACUCGUCUACGAUUCUGCGAGGACCUACAAUCAUAAAAUCAAUUACUUUUCGCACCAACAGGAGCAGUUAUGGACCAUUUGGAGAUCAACAAGGGAUUUCAUUCACCUCAGGCACAGUAGAUGGUGCUAUUAUUGGUUUUCAUGGAAGAAAUGGAUAUUUUGUGCAUAGCCUUGGAGUUCAUGUGCUUGAAAGAAAAACAUUCCUUCCUCGUCUUUACCCUUAUGACUUGUCUAGGCCUAGCCUAAUACCUGAGGUCGUGUUGGGAGUGCCAAGACCGCAAGAUGAUCUCUACGACCCACAGAUUUAUAAAGAUCCUUUACUGAUCUCUAUCCCAAAAGCCUCUGAGGCACCCUUUGGAGCACCAAGACAACCGGAUUUCAAUAACCGACGACCUAAUUCCAUUCCUUUACCCGUUGCUAGCCCAAGAGCCUCUGAGGUAGCAUUGGGAAUGCCAAGGCAACCAGGUCUCAACCAAUCGGGGCCAUGGGGUGGAGAAGGAGGUACAGCUUGGGAUGACGGUGUUUAUACUGGAGUCAAGCAAAUUGUGAUAACAAGAGGUGAUGCUAUUUGCUCAAUACAAGUUCAGUAUGACCAAAAUGGCAAAUCUGUUUGGUCUGCUCCGCGUGGAAGAACCAACGACGUUUGCUCCUACCAUAUAAAGUUUGACUACCCAUAUGAAGUGCUUACAAGCAUAAGUGGAUAUUAUGGUUUGCUAGUAGGAGAUAUACAGAAAAGGGUUAUCGUAUCCCUCACUUUUUAUACCAGCAGAGCAAAAUAUGGACCAUAUGGAAAACAAAUGGGGAAUUCUUUCUCAUCAGCAAAUAAAGAAGGUAAAAUUGUAGGCUUUCAUGGAAGGAGUACUGGUACUUUCUUGAAUGCUAUUGGUGUUCAUAUGCAACCUUUCGUAAACGAAGUAUCAUCGCGUCAUUCAUAUUCUCAUGAGAGAGGAGGUUUCAAAACUUUGCCGCACAAAAAUAACAAUAUAUGAGUUAUCUAACAACUGCACAUGAAUGGGAUUGGCAUCUAUGUUUACACUUGAAUGAGAUAAAGGUUCCCUACUUUCCAUGUGCGCCUUUGUAAAAAAAUGUAAAAAAAACGUUAUCUAAUGUGCAUUUUCCAGGCGAAUAAAUAGUUUGAAUAUCUAAUGUUACCUAUAGAAGCUUUAAAAUUUUCUUGUGUAGGAGGGUUACACGAGAGUGCUUAUUGACUAUUGUAUUAAAUUAUAACUGUUUAAUGUAUUGAUAAUAUCAACCUGUCUUUUUGAAAAUACUACUAAUUAACUUGUAUUAA